AUGUUCGUGUCCUUUCGCAACAGGGCCAGCCGCAAAGGCACCCACUCCUCAUCAAACGGCGCAUGGCAAGGCUUAUUGAGCACACGGCUUACGACAAAAGCACACUUCGUCAUCCGCCUCUUCCAACUCGUCGGAGCUUUGGUCGUCAUCGGCAUGUACGGCACCUACCUGAACCGCGCCGUCAAGGCAGACGUAUAUGCCGACGGGAAAUGGGUACGUGAAUCCGACUCCAUCGCCCCAGAAUUCGUCCGACUAAUCUACACCCUACAGGUCUACGCCGUCGUCGUCGGCUCCGUGGCAGCAGUCACCGCGAUCCUCUUCAUGCUCGCCGCGGGCCUCCUCCACUUCAACACCGUCGCCCUCUGUUUUGCAUGGGACGCAGUCGUCACGAUCCUCUGGGCUGCUCUGGCCGGUAUUUUCGGGUCCAUGUAUUUCAACGAACGCACCGAGAUGGACGAUGAUAUCGCCAAGAUGAAGAUCGCCGCGGGCUUCGACGUUGCCAAUUUCAUCCUUUGGUUGAUUACCGCCAUCUGGUCCGCACUCGCAUUUUUCAAGGGCAGGAAGGGCGCUUUGCAUUCUGCAAAGACUUCAAGCGGUUGA